AUGCAACGACGCGUGUUUCAGCUUCGCUGGCUGGUACGAGUGGUAGUAGCUACUGUAGCCGCUAUCGUCGUCGGAACGACGCACGCCCAACUCGCUUUUCACAAUGAUCCAUCCCAGAACAGCUUUUCGAUCAAGCUGCCCGCGUUUCAGCAAACAUUCACACGUUACUUUGGCAAUCAACCCCACGGUGCGCUGCUUCAGCAGCAGCAACAGGAGCUAUAUCAACAGCAACGACUUCAACAAAAACCAUACGCAUCAACUCUUCAACAACAAACCAACGCGGGUAAAAUGCCUCUGUACUCGUUCCAAGCACAGUCGCACCAACCGCAGCAGCAAGAAUCUCAACAACAGGGCCUGAACCGGCUUGUUGCACAAUUCCCCAACCAACCGCACUAUUCGGUUCAGGAAAAUUAUAUUAACCCAAAUAUACUAUUGCGAGCUCAGCAGCAGCGGAUCCAACAACAGCAACAGCAGCAGCAGCAGCAACAACAACAACAAUAUCAACCAGAACCUCAAUACCAAGGCUACCCUGUACAACCGUCCGCACCUGCAGCGCAGGAAGCCGGCGGUUAUACGACCACCAAUCAUCAACCACAGUACGAGUAUAUUCAACAGCAACAACAAGCACAGCAGCAACAGCUCAUCCAGCAACAACUACAGGAGCAGAACCAUGGUCUGCAGCGCACGCCUGCACAGCCAGACCAGCAACCCGGAAUGCUAGGAGAUAAGCUCAUUAGCUCUACCUACUCGCCCUCGAACGAGGUGUCGCAGGUACAGUUUAGUAGUGGAAGUCUUAAGUAUAAUUUUUAG